AUGGCUUUCCCCUACACAGUCGCGCCCCACCUAGCAUACUUUGAUGUGCCCUCGGCGGAAUUUACAGCAAGUCGCCCAGAAUUUGAUAGCUUCGGCGUCGGAGGCUUCAUUUUCUUUCAAGAUGCAAACGCGACUGAAUCCGAUUCGCAGUCAGCCCCACCACCACGGACUCUUCUACUUCAACGAGCGCUGACUGACUCGAUGCCUGGAUGCUGGGAAGGACCUGGGGGUUCUCAUGAGCCCGAAGACGACAGGACUCUGCUAGAUGGUGUCGUGCGUGAAGUUCUCGAGGAGACCGGUCUGCAUGUUUCGCGAAUUGUUGAGCUCGUGAGUGUUGAUGGGUGGACUCACAAGCGGCGUGAGGAUGGACGAUUCAUUCGCAUCGCUAAGUACUCGUUCAUUGUCGAGGUCCAUGAAGCUGUGCGUGAAGUAUCUGGGGAAACUCAGAUCAUAAACCGGGAUACUAUUCCUGUUGUGUUAGAGGUUGAUGCGCAUGAUGCGUUUGUGUGGGCGACUGAGGAAGAUGUACAGACGUCCUUGCAGUCUGGCACGGGCCCAUUCAAGUUUACGCCCUUCGCUGGGCCUAAUCUUGCCCGGGCUUUUGAUUUACUAAAGAGAAUACCAAAAUAA